GGCGAGGCCGCGGCCCCGCUGCCCUCGCCGCAGCGCGCCACGGCAGCGGCGUGGCGCGGCGAGGCGGCGGCGCUGGACGCGCUGCUGGACCAGGCGGAGCUGGCCCCAGAGGCCCGGAUGGACGUCAUGCCAAAGUUCCGCUCCAGCCGCGACUGGCUGUGGUCGCAGUGGAACAGGAGUGGGUCCUUGGUGAACUCGACGUGGCAGAGCAUGCUGGCCGUCGCGGCUGCCACGUGGCUGCUGCUGGUGGCGGACACGGAGUUUCCCCAGGUGCACUUCGCGGUGCGCGGGGCUUCUGAGCUGUGGGGCUAUCAGGCGUCCGUGACGACGUUGAUGCUGUCGUUCUUCUUGAACCAGGCCUACACGUACUGGAGGAAGUCGUAUAACGACAUCCGGCGCAUGCAGGGCCGCCUGAACGACGUGAACAUGCUGAUUUCGGCCCACCUGCCGCGCGACCCGCUGAGCGGAAGGCCCACGCCUGAGGCGAUCGAUAUGGCCCAGCGGGUAGCCCGCUAUGGCCGACUGAUCAGCAUCCUGUUCAUUGCCAACGUCGCGGAAAGAUUCCGGCCGCUUUGCACCGAGGCUGGCCUGCGGCGACUGGCCCAGCGCGGCGCGCUGACUCCAGCCGAGGUGGACCUGCUACUCCGCUUCGACCCAGGCAGCUGGCCGUACGUUCUUACCACUUGGAACAUUGCUUCAGUGCGCCAGGCCGCUUCUGGCGAUGGCGUGCUGGCCGGAGCGCCAGUGGGUCUCCACCAGACGCUGCUCGAGCGGCUGGCAGAUUUGCGCGGCACGUGCGCGUCGGUAGAGGACGACCUGGCGGCGCGCAUGCCCGUGGCCUAUCCGCAGUUCGUGCAGGUUGUCGUCGAUUCGCUGCUGUUCACCACGGCGCCGGCCAUGGUGGACAAACUCGGCGGGGCCUGGGCUGUGCUCGGGGCGGUGGAGAUGACCCUUUUCUACUCCGGCAUGCUGGAGCUCUCCAAGGUGUUCCUGGACCCCUUCGACAGCGAGGAGUACGGCGACAAGAGCCUGGCCGUGAUCCGCACCGACACGUUCCUGUCGGAGAACCACUUCCUGGCCUCGCGGUGGCUGCGGGCCGUGGAGGAGCCCCUGCCCUGGGAGGUGCGCCAGGCCGCCCCGUGCACGCCGCGGGCGCGCCUGCUGCAGCUGGCGCGCGGGCACCCGCUGCUGGCGCCGCUGCUGACCCGCGGGGCCCCGCCGCCGGCUGGGGUGCUGGACGGGCUGGAGGAGCUGCUGCUGGAGCGCGGCGAGACGGUCAUUCGCCAGGGCGAGUUCGCGAGCUCGAUGUACCUGGUGGUGCGGGGCGAGUGCCUGAUGUCCGUCAACGGGCAGCGGGUGGGCACGCUGGGCUCCGGGCAGCUGUUCGGCGAGCGCGCGCUGCUGGAGGCCGCGCCCCGCAUCGCCACUGUGGAGGCUGCUCGCGGGCGGGAAUUAUCUCCAUGCCGACGGCCGAGCGGGCCGGGCCCCGGUACCGCGACCCCAUGAGCACGGAGCGUUUUGUAUCGCUCGCGGAUGCCCCGCGCGGAGCGUGUCCAUGCGAUCUCGCGCAUCCACGGCGUCGCGCCCCUGGUACCCAGGCCACGAGGGCGUUGAUAUUAUACACACAUGUGUGUGUAUGUGUGUGUGUGUGUGUGUGCGUGUGUG